AUGGCGAAAGUUCAUCCUAUAUAUACCUCCCGCCGAGCCUCUAAUUUUUCACUGAAGAAGAAGAACUUGAAAGAAAUUCAGUAUACAGCUUUGGAAAUAUGUGACGAUGAAGAUAUUGAUUGCAUGAUAAGUGCAUUUCAACAAGAAUCUAGUAGAAAUGUUAUUGAGUUAUAUGUAGAUAUUGCUGUUGGUGGAAGAGUUAGAAAUGAUGUUGAUGAGGAUAAUAAAGACUCAGGUUAUGAGAGUUACAAUGAUGAAGAUGAUGAAGCAGAAUUUUCGUUAGGCAGUUCUUCUACUGAUGUUGAAGGCGAGUUUCAGUCCAACUUAAAUAUACAAGUAACCGAAAAUGUAGGAGGAAUGGUGAACGAAGAACCGUUCGUACAUAUAUCAUUGAUACAAGAGCGAAUCUGUGCUCAGUUUGGAUACAAAAUUUCAUAUAAAAAAGCUUGGAAGGCAAAGCAAAAAGCCAUUAUUAAAGUAUUUGGUGAUUGGGAUGAAUCAUAUGCUAUGUUGCCACAUUGGUUUAAAGUAUUUGAACGGUUAUUCUGGUCAUUCAAACAAUGUCAUGAAGCUUUUAAAUUCUGCAAACCUAUAUUACAAGUGGAUGAGACGUUCUUAUACGGUAAAUAUCGUCAUACAUUGCUCAUUGCAACAACUCAAGAUGGAAAUAAUUGUGUCCUUCUAAUAGCUUUUGCAAUUGUUGAAGGAGAAACCUUAUUGGGAAUUUGUUUGAUAUCAGAUAGGCAUCAAAGUAUCAAGGGGGCUGUGUCAAAUCCACACAUUGGGUGGCAACCUCCAAAUGCGUAUCUGAUAACUACUCGGCAAAUCUCUGAACCCUCACCUUCUCCUUCACCUCAGACAAGGUCAUCUGCACCUGCAUCUGAACCUUCACCUUCACCAUCACCUCCACCAAGAAUAGUUGCACCCUCAGGAUCUUCACCACCUGCCACACAUGAUCCAAGAUUCAGAACCUACACACCAUCGAGAGUCAUAUUUGAGCAGAAGUUAACUAGAUUUUGUAAUGAAUCUGAAGAUAUACAAAGAUGGAUUGACUGCAUAUCAAAAGAGAAAUGGGCAUUAUCUUAUGAUGAUGAAGGACGAUGUUAUGGACACAUGACCACAAAUCUUUCAGAAGCAGUCAAUAAAGUAUUGAAAGGUUCUAGAAACCUGCCCAUUACUGCACUAGUUAAAGCCACGUUUGGACGAUUGGUUGAAUAUUUUGUGAAGCGUGGAGAAGAGGCCAUGUAUGAGUUUCAUAAUGGAAUCAUCUUUUGUCGUAAAGUCAUGUUGCAAAUUCAAAAAAAUCAAGAAGAAGCUUCACACACCAAGUUCGUCGAUAUGACAUUCAAAGAAAAAGUUUUGAGAAGAUUCCAGUGUUACCGAUUUCCUUGUUCGCACGUGAUAGCGGCCUGUAUAGCUGUGAGUAUUGAUUUUUGGCAAUAUGUUGAUCCAGUGUAUUCCCUACAAUAUGUUGUAAAUGCGUACUCGCCACAGUGGUUCCCCUUUGGAAAUGAAUGCAACAUUGUUACAAAUAGCGAAUGGAAGUUGGUGCCUGAUGUCGACAGAGCAAGAGGUAAGGGCCGACCAAAGUCAACUCGUAUUAGAAAUGAAAUGGACUGGGUUGAGUCACAAACAAGACAAAGGUGUUCAAAUUGUAACGAAGUAGGUCAUAAUCAACGCCAUUGUCCUCAACAAAACAAUGUCCAUUAA